AUAUCUUCGUCUUGGUUGAUGACGCUAAAAUUAGAUCUGCUUCUUCUUUAGAUCGUGGCGUUGUCCUGGCCCGAUGAGAGGACAGAGUCCAGGUCACAAAUUUGCGAAUUACACGUGCCAAUACGUUCUUUGGUUUGUGGUCAGGUUAAAUUUUUUGGUGGACGUGUGUAUGUAAAUAUGAACGUGGGGCGGGGGUUUGAGGGAGAUUUUGGUAGCAUAUGUAUGGUCCGUUCCCUAUGAAAAGAGACCCAUGUUAAGUGUGUAUAAAUUAUAAACCGGAUUAAUCCAAAAAAUCUUAAUAAAAAGGCAAAUCUAUGAAAAUUCUGGUCAUUCGGAUCUGAACUCUCGUCUGAUCAGGAUAAAAAUAUUUUUCAAGAAUAUUUGGCGCGAACACUAUCGGAGGAGUGGAAUGCCUUCGUUCGGAAGAUUUACGGCGGGUUUUGCAUUAGCGACAAUUUUCAUGUGGCUGAUUGUUACGAACCCUGCGGCAGCUCAGGAAUGCGUGACUGGCCGGGAGUUGUGUACAAAGGGCACUGUUUGCCUCGUAGCCCUUGGACUAGAAGGAAUCCUGUGCAGCCCAACGCAGCAACCAGUUUGCGAUGAAACAGGCCCUUAUGAGACCAGUUGCUGCAAAUGUCUUGAGGCGCAAUGCUACAGCAACAAUGAGUGUGCAGAAAAUAUGGAAUGCCCCUCUGGUGAGAAGGCCUACUGCGUGGUGAAGUAUGGAAGUCAAAUAAACGUGUGUAAGUGUCUGGCAACGGCACCCUUGUCCACUAUGAAGGUGUUCGAAUCAUACUGUUCGCUUCAACGGAGUGAGGUGUCCGCUCAAAAUAAGUGGACACUAGAGUGUACAGAUUCUGGAGGCAUGCCCAUCGCAACAUUUGUGGACGGCAAGGAAGCCUGCGUUUGCGAUCCAGGGGUACGUCCAUAUAUUUCGUAAUCAAAGCUUUGACUUUUAGACCACCCACCCAUCCCAUUUCUCUACCCUAAAUAUUCACGUUAAGGUUAACAUAGGUGAUCCAAAACCACCCACCCACCUUUAUGAUGAGCUAAUACAUUUUUAUUUAAAUCAUAGUUGUAUGUAAGGUGUAUUCGCUAAGUUAUGCAGAAAAAAUGACCUAAUGCAAGCAUGUUCCCUAGAAACAUAAUAAAUUUCCUAUUUGUCAUACGACAGUACAUAUUUAAAUCCAGGUAUAACAGUUUCUACUUGGUGUAAAAAAUAAUGCACUACAAAUUCAAAUUGCACCAAUACUUGUGGACCUGGUAACAGACCGGCAUGUCUUGCGGAAACUUUUGGGGGAAAGGGUGUCCUAAAUCGGCGGUACUGCGGGUGUGAAAAUUAUUGCGAUUCCAAUGCCGAUUGCACAUAUCUGACAUGUGACGACUCAUACCAAACUAAACGCUGUAUAAAUAAUGCUUGUGUUUGCAACAGCGAGUGCACUUCGAACUCACAGUGUCCAUCUUGCACAAGUCCGCCCAAGAAAAUGUGUUUCGUUUCAGGCAAUCGGCAACCGGUUGGAAGUUGUGGGUGUAUCGCAGACAUCGGGGUAUUAAAUAGAUUAAAAUCUAAACUUGUAAAUAUAUAAAUGCAUGAAAUAUAUAAUUGUAAUUGAAUAAGGCUAAGAAAAAUGGCAAACAAAAUCAUGGAAAAAAUCACAACCAUUUUAAAGAAAGAAAGUGGAUUUUAAUCAUUUUAAAAACUUUUUUAGCUCUCUUUUCAGCAAGAGACGUGAUAUGGAAAUUGAUGAAUUUUUCAUUGCUUAUAUCCUGACCUAUUUAUGCAGACGCAAAGAAUAUUCACGCGAACCACGUCAAAUUCGGUGACUUAAAAUAUAAAAAGUUUUAUCCGUUUGAUUCGUAACGAAGACAGUUCUGCCGUUCCUCGUAGGUUAUUGACUUUGGCCAUUUUCUGUGUAAAAUCUGAUGUCAUUUUGACGAAUUUCGGCAAGCUAUGCCGAUCUAAUGGUGAAUUUUAACAUUUUCUUAACGAAAAUUUUCAAAUUUCAUAAUAUAACGCAAAACUAGUGUCCCAACCUGAUUCGGGUCAUUUUCUCGUAGCGGGUGACACUGCUUUAAGUGCUUCAAAAUAUCACAAAAUGCAAAAUAUCUAUGUAUAGUUUAGUCAUACAUAUUUCAAAAUUAUUCUAAUUUAUCACGGGUUUGUUGUAGUGCAUAGUGUGAGAAGAAUUCCGACUGCGCAGCUCUGGACAAAUGUUGUGUUAAGGACUGUUACGGGGCAUGGCGCUGUCAUGAUACCCCACAUCUCCUUGGCUGUAGCAAUGGUGACAAUGGCUACAUAAACAACGCAAAUUUCAAGACUUCCUGGUGCUCAAGAUAUAAUUAGUCAAAAGAAAGUGGUCUUAGCCUGUUUACUAAUAGUUUGAGUUCACACAUAUCUAUGUGAAAUUAACCUCAAAUUAAGAUUAGCAUUCAAAACUAUCUAGAAAUCAAAUAAAUAUCUCAUAAUGGA